CCAGGAUCGCGAAAGGAAAAGAGAGUUAAGUAUACACAAGACAUUGACAACAUAGAAGCUAACUCUUUCAUCUCGCUCGGCUACAUCCAAGGAUCCAGCUGGCUCCUCCCUCCUCAUUCUUUGUAAUCUCUCAUAAUCAAUUGAGGCUUGUGUAAAACAAGGAAUAAGAAUCAUACGUGGCCGAGCUUUUAUUGGUUGUCCUUUUAUUUAUAUGACACUUGUUCCAUAUUUUGAUUGGUUCAGAAUAAAAAAAAAACAAAAUUUGUUCUCAGAAAACUUGUGGUGACAGGAUUUUUUUUUUCUGAAUGAAUGUAAAAAUAUUUCGGCCACGAAAACUUUUCUUAAAAAAUUGCAACAUUGUGUAAAAAAACUAUCAGCUAGUUAAAUGUUUGUAACUUUGUAUGGUAAAGAGCUUGAACUCAAACAGAGACCAAGAGAAUCAUCGUGUGUCAAACCAUCUUCUCAUCGCUUCUUCAUAGCCUUUUCUCCUCAAUUUUUGUGUAAUUGUGAUCCUUCGCUGUCUUGUCGAUGUAGCUCUGCAAACGGCUCGCAGAUUCGCAGUCUGAUGUAGUCCACCAUGUUUGCGACUAAUUUAUUCCCGCCAAAGUGAUUGUAAUUAAGGUUGAUUGAAACACAUAUCUGAUAAGAAAUAGAGUUUUUUGUCGAUAGAAAUUUUUCAUUUUUUUCUCCUAACUUGGAAAUUUUUCAAAUGGAUAAUUCAUACAUACUAACUUGUUAUUUGUCAUCUUGUUUUUUUUGUCACUGCUAUCAUAUAUAAAUUUCUUUGAGUUUUUUGGGCAAGAGUAAACACUAUUUUAAUUCCACCCUUCAUCAUUUUUAACAAUAGAAAAUAACAUGCACUUUUUGCAUAAUGUGAAUUAUGCAGCACCUACACUAACAUAAGAGUUUGAGAUUUCAUAAUGUGAAUAAUGUGAAUUAUGCAGCACAUAAUGUGAAUUCUUGCAUAAUGUGAAUUAUAUGCACCUACAUAGGAGGUGAGGAUUAAACACAAAUGUGGGCUGGGUUGAAUUAAAUUAACGUUUAGUUUUGUAAAACAUUUUUCCAAGCUAAGAAGGCCUAGUUUAAUAUGUUAGGGCCUAAUUAAGUAUCCUAUACGUAAGAAUCUCAAAGCUCAAUUUCCACUAAGAUUCAGAUCUAGGGUUUAGUUAUCAUUGUUCUCUGAUUUUUUUCAAUUUUUAAUUUUAAUAUAUUGGUUUUGACUUUUUAAUAAAGAUAAUUAUCGUGGUAUUAAUUGGUACUAUUCAAGCUCAACAGCUUGGAAUGCUGGGUUUUUUUUUAUUGUUGCGAGAAUUAGAAGGUUGUUGUUUUCUGUAUUCAAUAUUCAUUUUAAUAUAAAAAAUGUUUUCGUGAUUUAAUGUUGGAGUUUAACAAAUUUGGAUUUGUAAUAAAGAAGUUUCAUUCCACAAAUAGGAGAGUUAGAAUAUGUGUUUUACAUCAGCGUGAAUUCCCAUGAAGUCCAUAAAGAUAUCAAACUUAACAUUGAUAUUCUAAUCAAACUUAUAACGUUAGACCAAAAAAAAAACUUAUAACGACUAAAGGCUGCUACCUCAACUGAAAAAAAAAAGGCUUAUUGGCUUAAUAGCCAUAUUUCAGAGGAAAAUCAAAAGAAUAGACAUGAUUUUGACAGAAUGUAGUGACUGUCUUUUUGCCAUCAUUACAGCCGGUUAUAUCCUUGUUGGUAACAGGUACCCAGUUCCUUCACAUAAAGAAAACGACGUGGUCAUUUUGUGAACCAUAGUAACACCUCUUAUAAUACUGAAAGUAUGUAUUUGUGGUUUUUUGAAAGAAGAAAAAGCUAUCCACGUAUAACUUUAUUGAUCACAUACAUAAACAUCAAGAUUUAUAUUCCAUAUCAUCUAAGUUUUAUUCCAUAUCAGAUAAAAACUAAACCCUAAAAUUUAAUCACUAAACCCUAACCCAAAUAUAAACCCUAAACUCAUAUAUCAAAAUCUAAAAAAUACAUAAUGGUAUGUAAUAUUAAACUAAAUUAUGUUAUAUUAAAUUAUAUUAUGUAAUAUACCAAUAUAUCACCAAAAUUAAAACACAUGGUAUGAAAGUUCAGAAGUGUUCUAUUCCAUAUCCAAACAGAACAGAAACAAGUAAUGCUUUCCCAAUGGUGAACCCAAUAUUCCAGAAACUAAACCCUAUCUAAUCAUCACGAAACCCUACACGAAAAAUAUAAACCCUAAAUAUAAACCCUUCUAAAUACUAAACCCUAAACUCUAAUCACUAAACCAUAACCCAAAUAGAAACCCUAAACCCAAAUAUAAAUAUUAAACCCAAAUAGAAUGGAACAAAAUAAAUAACAUAAUACAUAUUAGUAAAAUUAUGAAAUGUAUACGAUUGCAUGUAAGAAAUGUCUAUGAUUUCAUGGAAAAAGUUGAUGUUGACCCCAACCAUACCCCUUCAUCUUCUAAAUACUAAACCCUAAACCAUAUUCACUAAACCCUACACCCUAUUCACUAGACCCUAAACCCAAAUAUAAACUAUAAACCCAAAUAGAAUGGAACAAAAUAAUAGUAUGUUAUAUAUUGGUGAAAUUAUGAAAUAUCUAUGAUUUCAUGGAAGAAAUUAAAGUUAAUGCUUACCCCAACCAAAACCCCUCACUUUCUAAAUACUAAACCCUAAAUAUGAUUCACUAAACCCUAAACCCAAAAAUAAACUCUAAACCCAAAUAGAAUGGAACAAAAUAAAUAGCAUGGUAUAUAUUGGUGAAAUAAUGAAAUGUCUAUGAUUUCAUCGAAGAAGUUAAUGCUGACCCCAAUCAUAUCCCCUCACCUUCUAAAUACUAAACCGUAAACUAUAUUCACUAAACCCUAAACCCAAAUAUAAACACUAAACCUAAAUAUAAACUCUAAACUCAAAUAUCAAAAUCUAAAAAAUAACAUAUAUUAUGUAAAUUAAAUUAUAUUAUGUAAUAUUAAACUACACAAUCUAGAUCAUUGUAUGAUAUUUACUUGUUCAAAAACUAUAUUUCUAAACAAAAUAAAACACUCUUUAGUAAUCAUCAAAUAGAAUGGAACAUAAUAAAAUAGAAAAGUAGCAUAAUAUAUUGCAUUUCAUAACAUGAAUAUAACAAACAUAAUACAUUUCUAUUCUAUAUGCGAAUAGAAUAGAACAAAAUAAACAGAAAUUGUUCAUCUUCUCCGAUCAACUUAGGUCAUCCACGGCGACAAAAUAUAAGUGGGAACCAGAGCCGUCGAGUGUCUGACAUCGUCUCUGCUAUUAUGGCGAACAAUCCAGGAAGACCUAUUCCGACCAACAAGGUUAAAUCAUUCAAAGGGCCUGAGGAGGUAGAUGCAUGGUUUACAUCACAUCCUUUGCAUGCCCCAGGAGCUUUGCAUUUUACGGAAAGGAACGCUACAGUGAUCAGCUAUGGAGUUCAGACAAACUCUUCUUUGGCUACAAAACGUGGUCGGACUGAAGAUCCGACGUUUAAGUUUCUUGUCCCUCUUCAAAUCGCUGCAGAGCGUGAGAUAGCAAGGUUUUUAAUUGGAGAUCCAAAGUUUGGUUGGAGUUUUGGAUUUAAAGAGUUUGCACAACCAGCUGUUGCUAAAGACAUAACUAUCUCUCCACUGAAUCUUAUGGGACCAGUGUUCUUUCUUGCUUUCUCCAUGUUUGGUUUUGUUCUCCAACUCGGUUCUCUAGCUACCGAGAAAGAGCUUAAACUUCGCCAGGCAAUGACAGUGAUGGGAGUUUACGAUACAGCUUAUUUGUUAUCAUGGCUCAUAUGGGAAGGCAUCCUUACGUUUGUAUCAUCACUCUUCUUAGUCCUCUUUGGAAUGAUGUUCCAAUUCGAUUUUUUCUUGAAGAACAGUUUCUUUGUUGUCUUCCUACUUUUCUUGCUUUUUCAGUUUAAUAUGAUUAGCCUAGCAUUCAUGCUAUCAUCUUUCAUUAGCAAGUCAUCUUCAGCAACAACUGUUGGUUUCCUUGUGUUUCUCAUUAGCUUUAUCACACAGACAGUAGCUACCAGUGGAUUCCCUUAUUCAAGCACACAUUCCCUUUCUCGCCGGGUGAUUUGGUCAUUCUUUCCACCCAAUACCUUUUCUGCUGGGUUGCAGCUGCUUAUCGAAGCAACAUCAGUUCCCGGAAGCCCUGGAAUUAGUUGGAGUAAAAGAGAUGUAUGCUCAAAAAUGGAUGACACCACCUGCUUUCUUACAAUGAAUAAAAUCUACAUAUGGCUUGUGGGUACAUUCUUUUUCUGGUUUGUUUUGGCUAUCUACUUUGAAAAUAUCAUCCCCAAUGCCUCUGGUGUAAGAAAAAAAAUCUUCUACUUUCUAAAGCCUAGUUACCGGACUGGCAAAGAGGGCAAUAAAGUGGAAGAAGGGAGCAUUUGUAGCUGCUUUGGCUCAGUUCCACCUGUAGAGCAUUUAACAUCAGAUGACCAAGAUGUGCUUGAAGAGGAGACACUAGUUAAGAAACAAGCAAUGGAUGGAACAGUUGAUCCUAACAUUGCUGUUCAGAUUCAUGGUCUUGCAAAGAUGUAUCCUGGAACGACAAAGCUUGGUUGCUGCAAAUGCACCAAAACAUCCCCUUUUCAUGCUGUAAAGGGUUUGUGGAUGAAUAUAGCCAAAGACCAGUUGUUUUGUCUUCUUGGACCCAAUGGUGCAGGGAAGACAACAACUAUCAGCUGUUUGACUGGUAUAAAUCCAGUUACUGGUGGGGAUGCUCUUAUCUAUGGAGAUUCCAUAAGAAGCUCUGUUGGUAUGUCCAACAUUCGUAAAAUGAUAGGAGUGUGUCCUCAGUUUGAUAUCCUUUGGGAUGCUUUGUCAAGUGAAGAACACCUCCACCUCUUUGCUAGCAUCAAAGGGUUGCCACCUGCAUCUAUCAAACCGAUUGCAGAGAAGUUACUGGCAGAUGUAAAGCUGACGGGAGCAGCUAAAAUUAGAGCAGGAAGCUACAGUGGUGGAAUGAAACGCAGACUCAGUGUUGCAAUUGCACUCAUUGGUGAUCCCAAGCUGGUCUUUCUAGAUGAACCGACUACUGGUAUGGACCCUAUCACAAGGAGACAUGUGUGGGACAUUAUACAGAAAUCAAAGAAAGGCCGUGCCAUCAUACUAACAACUCAUUCUAUGGAAGAAGCUGAUAUUUUAGGUGAUAGAAUAGGGAUCAUGGCUAAAGGCAGGCUCCGAUGCAUUGGAACCUCCAUCAGGCUAAAAUCUCGCUUCGGCACAGGUUUCAUUACUACAGUUAGCUUCCUUGAAAACAAAAAGGACGGUUCUGGAACCUCACCAGAACCACUUAAAAGAUUCUUCAAGAAGCAUCUGAAAGUUGAGCCAAUAGAAGAGAAAAAAGCUUUCAUGACUUUUGUUAUCCCCCACGACAAAGAGAAACUUUUGGCGGGAUUUUUCGAAGAGCUACAAUACAGAGAAUCCGAGUUUGGAAUCUCGGACAUACAGCUUGGGCUUGCAACUCUUGAAGAAGUGUUUCUGAACAUCGCAAGACGGGCUGAACUAGAAAGUGCAACAGCUGAAGGAACCGUGGUUACUCUCGAGUUAGAAUCAGGCAUCUUGGUCGAGAUACCUGUUGGAGCAAGAUUUGUAGGUAUACCAGGAACGGAAAACGCGGAGAAUCCUAGAGGAAUGAUGGUGGAAGUGUACUGGCAACAAGAUGGUUCUGGAUCGAUGUGCAUCUCUGGACACUCCCCGGAGAUGUGUAUACCUCAGAAUGUUUCGGUGUUAUAUGAACCACCAUCACAAGUGUUAGGACGUGGGCAGCGACGAGUUCGGGGUUCCGUGAUUGCUUAUGAAUCUAGCGAUUAAUAUAUUAUGCUAGAGUUUUAAAAUUAGUUUACGGGGACAUUUAGAUUGCAAUGCUUUUUAUUUAAAAUUUCACAGUGAAUAAAGGUGUUCUGGUCUUAAA